AUGACUAACGGGUCUAGUAGUACUACUGCUGAUUCUGAAUUUACACCACGUGCUUCUAGUCCAUUAUUCCUUCAUUCAUCUGAUAUACCUGGGAUGUCCUUAGUUGCUGUUCCCUUUUCUGGUUAUGGCUUCGGUGGGUGGAAAAGGAGCAUUAUUGUAUCCUUGUUGGCUAGGAAUAAAAUUGCUUUCAUUGAUGGUAGUUUUCCUAAGCCGACUGUUGGUUCUCCUGAGUCUAAACAGUGGGACAGGUGUAACAACAUAGUUAUAUCCUGGCUAACCAGCUCACUCACACCUGAGAUUGCUGAGAGUGUGCAAUAUUCUGACACUGGACCUCUUGAUAUAGCUUCUUAUUUCAACAAGUUAAACAAAUUAUGGGAUGAAUUGGGGACUAUGGGUUCAAAUCAUGCAAAUACAUGCAUUUGUGCUGUAAAGGAGGGUUUGUUGAGGGAUGAUGAAGAAAAUAAAGUUCACCAAUUUUUAAUGGGCCUGAAUAAAACUUAUAUAACUGUCAGAAGCAACAUUCUCAUGAUGAAUCCACUCCCUUCACUUGAUAAUGUGUGUAACAUUCUUCUGCAAGAUGAAAAGCAGAGACAAAAGACUCUUAAUACUCAUUUUACACCUGACCUAGCAUCUUUCAAUGCAAAUACAACUACUCCUACUAGGUUUCCUCUUCAUUUUCAGUCCCAAGGGCAGUACACUCAAAAGGUUAAUUUUGACUCACCUAAUCAGAGGUUGGUUUCUAAUCAGAACAAAGACUUAUUCUGCAAGUACUGCAAAAAGAGUGGUCAUACAAUUGAUAAGUGUUAUAAAUUGAUUGGAUUUCCACAAGGUUUCAAGUUUACCAAGGGAAAAAGGUUUGGGAUUGGUGCAAAUGUUGAGUCUUCCACUUCUGAAAACUCUAAUUCUCCUACAACAUCUGGUUCCAAUGGUCCAGUUUCUGGCAUACCUGGUCUUACCAUGGAGCAGUAUUCCCAACUCUUGACUUUGCCGCAACAAUCCAGUCUUGUUGAUUCCAAUCCUCAACCCAACUUUGUGGGGUCUGCUAACUUUGCUGGUAGUAAUCUUUCUUUGCCUGAGUUUAAUGGUGUUGCUGCUUAUUCUACUUGCGUGUUAACUAGUGUAGCUAGAAGUGUUUGGAUAGUAGAUUCUGGAGCAACUGAUCACAUGACCUCUGUUAAAGAACUUCUUUUUGACAUUACUCCACUUCGAGUUCCUUACUUAGUCACUAUACCUAAUGGAUAUAAAGUAAAAGUCAAAUGCACAAGGUCACUCACUUUGAAUUCUUCAUUUGUCUUGCACCAAGACCUUUCCAGGAAGAAGCUUCUAGUUCUUGGUAGGCUGGACCAAGGGCUAUACAAACUUCAUCACCUUUCCACUUCAUCCCCUUCUGGUUGUGCUUUGAAUAAUAUUGUGUAG